AAGACGCCUUCAGUCGAUUACGGACAUUCAACGGGUACACAUCUCUUGGUGGUUGAAAACGAAGCUAACUACACGCGUCGUUGUUCAUUGUUUUCUACCAAAAGACCUCAAGCAAGCGAGCGAGCAUUUUUCUCUGAAGCGAAAACGAUUGUUUUUGCAUGAACACAUAGCCACAUUAUAAAAACAGAAACAGAUUGCAAACAUUUCAAGAGUACAUUUAGCCGCAGCCAGCCAUUCAUUCAUUCACUCAGCUACCUACCUACCUAACAGAUUGUUUUGUGUGUGCACCACUAACAACUGAACAACUAGCCACCACAUAGAGCUGACAUUAGAGGGAUAGAGAGGCAAAUAUAGGUGGCUUGUUGUGCGCUCAUACCCCCAUCUACACUGAGUAGAAAAAGUCUUUCAAUACUUAAAUACACACCGCUAACGUAAAAGUUAAACAGUGUGUCUGUGUUGCUCGUUGGGUACGGUUCUCGGUGCGAGGAAAUCUGUAAAGAAAAUAUUCAAAAAUAACACAAAAUAUUUCAAAGCGAAAUAUUGAAAAAUAUAAAACAAAAAUUUUUGUAAUAAAAUUACAAAAAGUGAAGCAUACAGCCAAGAAAUAUAACAGAAGUUAUAUAAUUUGAAAUUUAAAAAAUAUUUAAGUUUUAAAUAAACAAAAAUAAAACACAUCAUGUCUGCCGCCACAGAACAACAAAAUAACGGUGAUGUCGCUGUUGAGAAAGUUGCCGCCGAUGCAGUUAAAGAAGAUUUAAAAUCAAAGAAACCUGCCGUUGUCGAUAGCAAACCCGCGGCGGCUGAUAAUGGAACAGCGUCAAAGGAUGAAGCAAAUGAUGAGGAUGAUGCCGCACCCGCAAAAGAACAAGUUAAAGGAACAAAACGGCCUGCCGAAGCUAAAAACUCUGAAUCAAAGAAAGCCAAGAAAGACAAACCAGUUGAUGGCGAUUCUGAUGAUGAAGAAGUAAUAGAUGAAGAGGGCAAUGAAGGUGACAGUGAUAUCGAAAGUGAUGAAUAUGAUAUCCCAUACGAUGGUGAAGAAGAUGACAUAGAAUGUGAAGAUGAAGAUGAUGAAAAUGAUGAUGGUUCGGGUUCUGAUGACCAAGCGUAAUAAUAAUAAAGUAGUCAAAACAUCUUAAAUUAAUAAUUAUUGCAAAAGAAACAAAAAGAAUCAACAAAAAUCGCAAAACACACUAACAGUUUAAACAAAGAGAAACAACAUUUUAAAAAUAUAUAUACACUAUAUAUAUUUUUAUGUUAAGAAAUAAUUUUAUUUCUUAUAUUUAGUUUGUAUUGUGUAUGAAUGUGUAUUUCAUUCUGUUUUUUAUAUAAACAUGAGCAAAAACCUACUUUUUAUUUCGACAAGAAAAAAAGGAGAACAGAACCACAUUUGAUUUUUCUUUUUUUUCGCUCUAUAAUAUAUAUGUUUAAGUCAUCUUUUUUAUAUAUUAUUUAAAAUUAUAUAUAUAAUUUAAACAUAAACAACUUAAAAUGAAAAAAUACAAAAAGUAAACACAAAACCAUUAAUUAAGCAUUAGACGUUAUAUCUGUAGCUAUAAAAAAGAGAAGAAAGAAAAAAUACAAACAAAAAGUAUUUAAAUAAAACAAAAUUAUAAAAAACCAA